CAAACACAUACGUGUUGAAAUACUCCUAAAACCAUUAAAAUCAUUUAAAUAAUUAUUUUGGACGGUUAAUCAGGUUAGUAUAGCUACAUUAAAAAAAAUUGGGAGAUUGUGUGAAUGGUUUGUUAUGUGAGGUUAGGACAGCUAUAUAUUAAAUUAGAAACUCCUAAACAACCAUUAAAAUUAUUUGACAGUAUUUUUAAUGUAGCUAUACUAACCUAACUAACCGUCCGCAGCGUUUUAAAGUAUUUAUAAUGUAGUUAAUUGACCGUUUUAAAUAAAAGUUGUCCUAAACAUGCAUACACGCAGCCAACGUUUUUAAUUAAUGAAUACAUAAUCACCUAUUGCUCAUGUUCACAUGACAACAUUCUCCAAUUACAAGAAAAAACCAUUUGAUACUCGCAAACAAGAAAUGGCUACCUACCUACAGCUACAAGAAUACAGCAUAGUCGAAAAAAAGAGUAUAAAAAUUGGAAGUUGCCAGACCUAUCUAUGUAUAUAACCGUGGCCGGUUCGAAUCGUAUUUGGAAUGCUGAUGUGGAGCAGAAAAUUGAGGUUUUGUGGUUUAUUUCCAUUGAAGAUUUUUGAAGAUGUGGAUAACGUUUCCGGUAUCUCUAAAACAGCUAAAUCAGUGUUAGAAGACGACAAUAACAAACCAACAGGAUGGGACAGACUAUAUCAAAUGUUCAGUGUAGAUGAGUUUGGCACCCACAGCCCGGAGCUGCAUGUCGUGUACCAGGCGGGUUUCUACGGUGCUUUUAUUGGUGCCUGCAUCGGGGGCUUCUUGGGCUCAAAGGCUGCUUACUUGAACUUCAUGGAUACAAACCAGGCAACAGCAUUCAAAAGCCAUUUAGAUGCCAAGAAGAAGCUGCAGGACCAGGUGACCAUCAGCUUCGCGAGAGGAGCCUUCAAGUGGGGCUGGCGCCUGGGACUGUUCUCCGGCAGCUACAUGCUGGUGUCGACGGCUCUGUCCGUGUACCGCGGCAAGUCCAGCGUACUGGAGUACGUGGCCGCCGGCUGUGUCACGGGCGCCCUCUACAAGUUCAACCUGGGGCCGCGAGGCAUGCUGGUGGGCGGGCUCAUGGGCAGCGUGCUGGGGCUGAUGGCGGGCGGGUGCUCCCUCGCGCUGCUGGACAUGACGGGAGCCUCCAUAGAGAACGUGCGCUUCUGGCAGUACAAGUGGAAGGAGCAGCGCCUGCAGCAGCAGCAGGCCGUGUUCAAGGCGCGGGACGAGAUGGACGACAGCAGUCUGCUGAAGGCUCACAACAAGAUGGUGGGGCCCUCCGGUGAAUCGCUGGCGACGCUCGAUGCUGGGGAAUCUGUCGACCGCUGACUCGUGUUUGCAAGGCACGUAGUCACCCACCAAGUCAAUCAUUUGGUGGUACGACGUGUAGAGUCAUGAGCUGUUGCACAGUGUGUGCUGCUCUGACAUUGUACGUGUUGCGACUGUAAAUGGUGGUUAGUAUUCGUAUCAAAUACAGCGCACCAUGCACUGAAAUGGAAGUUAAUGUAAAUCUUCGCAUUAUCAUGUAACUCAAUCAUUUGAGAUUAAAAUGUUAUUUAUAUUA